GUCACUGAAGGCUACAAUGGCACCAUAUUUGCCUAUGGCCAGACUGGCAGUGGGAAGUCAUUCACCAUGCAGGGAAUCAUGGAGCCUUCCACACAGAAAGGCAUCAUUCCCAGGGCAUUUGAGCACAUUUUUGAGAGUGUACAGUGUGCUGAAAAUUCCAAGUUCUUGCUGAGAGCUUCCUACCUGGAGAUUUACAAUGAAGACAUACGAGACCUUCUAGGAGCUGAUACCAAGCAGAAGUUGGAGCUGAAGGAACACCCGGAGAAGGGGGUGUAUGUGAAGGGGCUGUCCCUGCACACCGUGCACAACGUGGCACAGUGUGAGCAGAUCAUGGAGAUGGGCUGGAGGAACCGAGCCGUGGGUUACACCCUGAUGAAUAAGGACUCUUCCCGCUCCCACUCCAUCUUUACUGUCAAUAUGGAAAUCAGCACUGUAGAUAAGCAAGGGCAGAACCACCUCAGGGCUGCAAAGCUCAACUUAGUGGAUCUGGCAGGAAGUGAGAGACAAUCAAAAACCGGAGCCACGAGCGAGCGGCUCAAAGAGGCCACCAAAAUCAACCUCUCCCUCUCUGCCCUGGGCAACGUCAUCUCAGCCCUGGUGGAUGGCAGGUGUAGGCAUGUCCCCUACCGAGACUCCAAGCUGACCAGGCUGCUGCAGGACUCCCUGGGAGGCAACACCAGGACACUGAUGGUAGCGUGCUUGUCCCCAGCUGACAGCAGCUACAGCGAGAGCCUCAGCACUUUGCGCUACGCUCACCGGGCAAAAAACAUCAAGAACAAACCCUGUGUCAACGAGGACCCCAAGGAUGCUCUGCUGAGGGAGUAUCAGGAGGAGAUUAAGAAGCUGAAAGCCAUUCUAGCUGGACAGAUGGGAGCAAACAACUUGUCAGCAAAAAUGAGCAGGCUGCUACCUGCUGAGACUGCUCACCUGGCAACAGAGCCAGCUCCUCUCCACAAAGCCCAGGUAGAUGUUGAAGCAGAGAAGCAGCUGAUCAGAGAAGAGUAUGAGGAGCAGCUGGCCCAGCUGAAGGCCAACUAUGAAGCGGAGCAGGCGUCCCGCGCCCGCCUCGAGGAGGACAUCAGCAGCCUGAGGAACCACUACCAUCUCAAGCUGUCUGCUCUGGAGGAGAACCUGGGGAAGGAAGCAGCUGCUACGAGGACUACUGACGAGACACCUCUGCAUGAAGACUCUGUUGCUGCAGCAGAUGAAGAACCAACGUUAGCCCAGGGCCCAGCAGCACCUUGGGCUGCCCAAGGGGCUGGUGGUGUGAGCAGGGACAGUGCUGGAGCAGAGGUGGCUGUAGCUGCUGAGGGAAUUUCAGUGCUUGCAGACCAGCAGCAGGUGCUUGCCAGGCUGCAGAUGCUGGAGCAACAGGUAGUUGGGGGAGAACAGGCAGAAAACAAGGACCUGAAGGAAAAGCAUCAACGCCGGAAGAAAUUAGCGGACGAGCGGCGGGUGCAGCUGGUGGCCGCGCUGCAGCAGGAGGACGAGGAGAGCAGCGACUGGGUUCUGCUGAAUGUCUAUGACUCCAUCCAGGAGGAGGUCCGAGCCAAGAGCAAGCUGCUGGAGAAGAUGCAGAAGAAGCUUCGGGCUGCUGAGAACGAGAUCAAGGACCUGCAGUCGGAGUUUGAGCUGGAAAAGAUCGAUUAUCUGGGCACCAUCCGCCGGCUGGAGCGAGACCUGAUGCUCUUCCAGCAGCUGCUGGAGCAGGUGCAGUCCCUGGUCCGGAGGGACUGCAACUACAGUAACAUGGAGAAGAUGAAGAGGGAAUCUGUCUGGGAUGAGGAAACUGGCUGCUGGAAAAUUCCAGAGCCCGUGAUUCAAAAAACCCACCUGCCUGCAGCCGUGACCUGA